UUAGCUUGGUUUCUGUCGCCUUACCACGCACCAGUUGCACUAACUUUAGCAAACUGUUAAGUAAAACAUACUCACAAUUGGCUCAAAAAGUCCUCUCAAUAUGAGCUUCAUCAGUAAUGUAUCACGAAAGCUUUACGAUGGUUUCGAUCAAACCUACGAGAAAAUAUUCAUCAUGUCGGCCGGACCGUAUAAUUAUUCGUAUAUCUUCAAGUACAUCAUAAUCGGUGAUAUGGGAGUCGGCAAAAGCUGCCUGCUGCAUCAGUUCACAGAGAAGAAGUUUAUGGCCAGCUGUCCGCACACGAUCGGUGUCGAGUUCGGGACGCGCAUCAUCGAGGUUGAUAAGCAAAAAAUUAAGCUGCAAAUAUGGGACACGGCCGGACAGGAGCGGUUCCGGGCGGUGACACGAUCGUACUACCGUGGUGCUGCCGGUGCACUGAUGGUUUAUGACAUUACGCGACGGUCAACCUACAAUCACCUGUCCAGCUGGCUGACCGAUACGCGCAAUCUAACGAAUCCCAGCACUGUGAUAUUUCUCAUCGGCAACAAAUCGGACCUCGAAAGUACCCGCGAGGUGACGUACGAGGAGGCGAAAAAUUUUGCCGACGAGCAUGGCCUGCUGUUUGCGGAAGCGAGCGCAAUGACUGGCCAAAACGUGGAGGAAGCAUUUCUAGAAACGGCCCGAAAGAUCUACCAAAGCAUCAAGGAUGGGCGGCUCGAUCUGAACUCGUCCGAAACGGGCGUGCAGCAUAAGCCGGCCCAACCCGGCCGAACCACGCUCAGCAACGAUGCACAGACGAACAAGGAAAAUUGCUCCUGCUAGGAGGCACAUCGGGAGUUCCAUUGCAGUCGGGUUGGCGCGGGUGCGUGUGUGUGGCAACGAUUUUUACCCCGUUUCACAGAGCGGGAAGUGAGUGAAGGAGGAAACUACCGUUCGAAACGAAACUACAAGUUGCGUUUCGUUUUAGGGCAAAGUGUCUGUAUGUGUGUUUUUCUUCAAGCAAGCAUAUAAUUGGGAUCCUUCAUGCGAAAUUGCGCCAAACGAUUUUUUUUCUAUAGUUCGAAGCAAACUCUAAAGCAAACCCAGAAACCCCGCUUCCAGUUUCAGUCAUUUGUGAGAUCGAGUUUGAUAGGCCUACGGGAAUUUUUUGUUUGUUACUAUUCCAUACACAUCUACGCUGCAAUGCUAGGCUCUGCAACAUUCGAAACAGAAUAUCUUUAACCUUUCCCUGCAAUUUUUGUUAAGUUAAUUUGUUGUUAAUAGUUGACUGAUUGUGAAGAUCAAACGAGCGGCAGCAGGAACGAAACGAACCGCUUCGCGUGUGUAGGUACUCUACUACUAACCCCCAGGCACGGCGGAGAGCCGAUUUUUAAGUGAUGAAAGGAUUAAGUAUACCCAAUUUAGUUGAUCGGUAAGAAAUGUAUUUUAUUGUACGCAAAUAUAGUAAGCAAAAGGGAGUUUUAUUUAUGUUUCCCCGCAGUUUUA